CACUUAUGCACGAAUACAUCAUAGCACACAUAAAAAUUUCAACGAAUACCAUAUUUCGUGAGAUGAGAAGAACGUUUCCUUUCUCCUCAAUAACUUCUAACUUCUUAGCGUUAUAAAAAUUACUAUAUGCAAUUGUGGGAUAUAAAUGUGGCUCGAAUAAAUUGUUCAAUAAGUUGGACACUGUUCAACAAGUGUCCCACGCGCGAUCCCUGCAUAUUUCCUGCAACCAACAUGGAUAUAUAUAAGAAUAUAUCCGCGUCAGUUGCAGAUAUUCUCGUAUAUAUUCGCGUGAAGUUUAUUCGUCAUUCCGCACAAAACUGCGCAAACUCUCGCUGCAGUUUGUUAAAUAAAUAGAUCUCAUCCGGGGAGAUUCGAGCGCUUGAUACUUCUUACACGACAGUCAUCAGUUCAUAUCAGUCUCGUGAUAACGUCGCAUCGAUAUAAGUGAAACGUCAAAUAUAAGAUCGUCCGAUUAAAUUCGUAAGAUCCGAACGACAUUCGCGACAUGGGCGUCGAUUCCAAGUGCACGAUUUUAGUGACCGGUUUCGGUCCAUUUAACGUACACGUGGUGAACGCUAGUUGGGAGGCGGUGAAGGAAUUGGGGAAACUGUGGACAAACGUUGAGGAAUUCUCCGACGUAAAACUAAUCACUGAGGAGAUCCCGGUUGCUUACGAUUAUGUAUCCACUCAUGUCCCUCAGCUUUGGAAGAAACACAAUCCCACGAUUGUUCUACAUGUGGGUGUAUCACACAAAGCUGAAUGUUUAACGAUAGAAUGCCAAGCUCACAACAAUGGCUAUCAAAGGUUUGAUGUACACGCCAAGUGUCCUGAUGAAACGGGUAUGGAGUGCAAGUUCUUGGAAACUGGAAUAGAUACCAAUGAACUUUGCCAUAAUGUGAAUAAAAAUUCCAUAAAAACUGGCUGCAAGGCCUGUGUCUCAUGUGAUGCUGGUAGAUACCUGUGCGAAUACAUAUUCUAUCAAUCCCUCUCAAUUGAUCCAGCAAAAGUCCUGUUUGUACAUGUGCCAGAUUUCGACAAGUAUACAAGUGAACAAACUGCUAAUAAUUUAAACUACAUCUUAAACAUUCACUACUCAAUUCUGAUGCAGUGUAACGCGUUCGUCGCUGGUCUCGUCGUUAACAACAUGAAUUCGGAGGAGAACUGCGCGAGUGGUCAAGCUAAGACGGAGGUGAGAAUGGACAGUUUGAAUGACAAUCAGUCCGCCGAGCAGGCCGCCGUGAUGCAGCCGAAAGUGGUGCAGUUGGAGAGCAGAGCGUCCGGCGAACAACUGAGAUUGAACAGCAACGGCAGCGAGAGCAACGCCAAGCUGAUACCAUCCAAGAUCAGCGUCGUGUUUCCCAGCAGAACGAAACCCGGUCAGACUGUCGAUUGUGCCAAUUCUGUGGAACAAAAUGCCUCUCAGGAUUCAUCGAACGCGAACGUAUCUUCCGUGUUUAUGGCUACCAGCAAUAUCAAGCCUCAGACUGCAAACACCAAUGUCGUGUCAAUUGAAGCCGCAUGUCAAUUGAAGCACAAGACUGUUGUGAAUACGAGCGUACUGAAUCUGCCUAAGUCCCAGAUGCAUCUGAACCUCUCUUCCGCUCAGACAACUACACAUCACAACAACCAUAACUCUACAUCGAUCUCUCUCGGUUCUGGCUCAACUACUAAUAAUGUCGCACAUUAUGGCAUAUCCACAUCAAGUUCACUAUUAAUGCCUCCUAACUUGUCAAUGAUCAAACCAAAUGAUGAUAUAGAUAUGAAGAAUAAUGUGGACUAUGCAUCGGCAAUAGAGAAAUGUCCUUCUAAAGUUUCCUGUAGCUCAGAUUCUAGUCCAGAGGCUGAUUCCUGGACAUCGAAGUCUUACGGAUCUAAACGUGUACUGAAUAAUAUAAGUGGUAGUAUAGGUUCAACGAGUCAAGGUACUUGUUGCGUCCUGAGACCUAAUAUCAAUGGGAGUAGGGAAGUUGCUGGUCCUAGUGGGUUACAGAGGAUUUCACAGAGGGAGCAGAUAGAGCGAAUGGAUUCUAGUUCUGGAAAUGAAGGCGAUAUGUCCGAUGGGGAGGACUACUGCAUCUAUACUUAUAAGGGAAACGAUGAUGCGAUCCAUUUGGAUCAAAAAGAGGAAUUGAACCAAUGCCAUGCGGAGGAUCGCGGAGCAGCGGGACAGUAUCAUAGCGGUAGAUCCAGUCCAGAGAUGGAUUUCUUAGAAAUGGACUUUGAUCCUGGGCCUUCCUGUGAGCAGGAUACUGGCGACAGCGAUUUGGCCUCUAUAAACGAAGACAUACAAAAUAUAGCAUUAGAUAACGUGGAACCGGAUCCGGUGCUGAACGAUUUGAGCAGCGGGAAGGUGGUGUCUAGACAGACGAUGGCCGCUAUGCCGCAGAACUCGAGACAGAGCGGGCAGAACGUCAAUCACACGACCUUUCAACAAUGCACCAGUAAUCAACCCGCGAUAGAGCAGAACACGAAGUCAACUUACUCUGCUCCGUGGAUGCCCAGCACUAGCGCCGGAACUGGAAGAUGGGAAAGCGUGUCGCUCUAUCGCAGCACGGGUUGCCCGUUGCGCGAGUCGUACGGUUAUCACAACACGAGUGGUGACCUCAUUUCCCCUGGCGAUAAUAGAGACUCUGAUUCGGAAUUAUGGGCCGAGCCGUCGACAGCGGCCGCUCCGGACAAUUCAAAUCUGAACGCCAGGAGGGUCAAUCUCAGCUCGACGCUUUACCAUCGAAUGAUGGCCAAGAAACUGAUGCUCAAUAAGCAAGCUGCGUUUAAUCAAAGCGGUGAUUCAAAUCUGGAAAGCGAAUUGUGUAACGAACGAAUAGACGGACUACCGCCGGUUGAGAAAGUGAUGCUAUGGAGCGAGCAGGAAGCUACGAUGAAACAGGUGACGCAAAUCGGCACAUCUGCCUGCGGUGCUACAUCUGCGAUUAACGCCUUGUUGGCCUUGAACGUAUCAUUUUCCCUGGAAGUAUUAGUGAAAGGUGUAAAUACAAGAUUGAGAGAAUUGGGUGUUUCAUUGCCGAGAUACCUCGUGAGCCGAUCGGUCGCGGGAGCAACUCAUAAGGAUAUAGCGCGAGGGAUAUCUCUGUCAACGAACGGCGCAGCUGUAACAAAGUUCUUCGCGUUUUAUCCAGAACGAAAGGUGUCAUUAUCUCAUUGGCUACAUUAUUGGAUCUCGAAAGGUGCCGCGCCAAUUGCAACGUUGAAUCUGCAGCAUUGCGGCGAAGGUUGCGACAUACCGGACGCGUGGCACCAUCAGAUGAUAUUUGGCGUAGGACAGGCUGGCAUAUACUUAACAAAUCCCUUAGAAUGCUUGCCCGAAGAGCUCUUGUGGCAUCAAUUAGUUAGUCCCAGUAUCCUGUUGAUACGAAGGACGGACGUUUUAGCGCAUUGGAAUGCAAAUACAGAUUUAACACCGCUCGCAACGAUGGAUCAAAAGUGGCGGAAACUUAACGUUCUCGGGCAAGUUGUAAAUAUAGUACGCGGAGCAAUGAGCGAGAGACAGCAACCGAACAGUACGACCACAGGAGCUACUCACAUUCGCAUACCAGCGUCUUACCAAGCAGGUAUUACGUUGGUCAUGUGCGCGGAUUCCGCCGCCGCCACCGAGUUGUUACAUGCUGAACAACUACCACUACUCUAGUCCUGGUAAUUUAAAACCAAUAAACAAACCUAACCGGUCGAUCUGAUCUACAGUGAAUUUUAUUAGCAGGCCGAGGGGGGAGGGAGGUUCGCGCGCAGCAAUGAUAGUUUAUUUACGAUGUAAACAGACCCGACGGAACGAAAAUAAUUUACAUUUUUAACAUAUAAAAAAACACGUUUGUAUUCAAAGAGAGAGAAUAUUACUGAUUAAAAUAUAUUUCAAUUGAAUAUAUUUUUGUUUUUUAUGCGGUUAUAUUGAUUUAUAAAAAUGAAAAGUAUCGAAUUUUCUCUAAAAAUACAACUGUAGUUCAGUAGUAAUGCUUGAUUAUAUUUACUUCUCUACAAAGAGAUAGGCGAUAUAAAGAAAUGCAAGAUAUUUCGCAUUAUACAAAUUUCUUAAAAAUUUAUUGGGUUGAUUUUCCAUCGCUUCUUUUUCUUCGUGACUAUUUAUUUUUUUUAAAUUAAUGGAUAUAUAUAAUAUACAUUCUUAUUAAAAAAAAAUACAAUAAUUAUUAACACGUUUUCUUACAGUAGUAUCCUAGAAAUCAAAUUUAACAAACAAAAAAUAUGUCAUCCUAUUUGUGUGAAUUUUAUUAUUUUAUUACAUUAUAAGUUGUAUUCUGUGUCGGAAUUGUGGAGAAGUAUUUGUUUGCUGAAUAUGUCAUACGUAAGUAUGACAUAACCUUGUGUAAUCGUUUGUUGCCAUAAAUAUUCGGUUUUAUGUACAUGUCUACAAUCUACAGCCCAGCACAAACUUUCCAGUUCAUCAGGGAUGCCUUUGUAUUUUUUAUGACAUACUAAGGAAUAAAGAAGAUUUUGUUAUAUAAGGAA